AGUGUCUGAAAAUCGAGAAUAACGUCAGUUGCACGCCCCUCGCAGAUGCAUCUCGUCGCUUUAUUGCUGCGAGCUCGUCAAAAGCGAUGAUGCGGAGGAGAGCUUUUGCAGAUCGUUUCUGGAUGUCCCAGUGCUCCGCUCGUCGCUCUAACCCAAUAUUCAGUUGCUGCAGUUCUCGUCGGCCUGUUUCACAUUCCGCGUACGCGUAUGUUGGAUUUUCAUUAGACAACUCCGGGAAUCCAGGACUGUGCAAACAUCACACCUACUUACCAAUUUGAGAUUUGCGAGCUCGAUUAUUUCGCGGGCACGCGACUCUUUUCAUCAGCGGUAAAACCAGCUGUUCAGCGAAUCGGAGGCAGAUAUUCUAGAAAGAAGCUCCUCUUCCGCGAUCGUGACAACUCAAUGCCAAACUGACGUGACUCAAUGUUGCAGUUUUGUGCGGUGGAGGAUGAAAUAAAGGAGCCAGUAAUACCGGGAGAAAAUGAAUCCUGAAUGACGAAAUGUGGCUGGCUUUUGCGAUUGUGUGGUCCUGCGCGGCGAAGAUACUACCGACAAAAGCCGCCAUCCUCCUUCCAUCCCAGCAUCCAGAUGAUGCGCGUAUAAGUAUAUCAGUCGGUUGGUACUGGUUCUGGGCCGAGAAUAGUACGGGGUGAGGAGGUGCUCUCAAAGCGUUCACGUGGAAACUCGAAAUGCCCAGUGGGGCUCGUAAACCCUUAAAACUCUGGGAAGCUCGCAGAAAAGUCCGAGCUUUUGGACCUAAAGCUUUUGUGAAAUCUAUAACCCUCUUGACCCUGGCUCCACCCACACUCUGCAGCUUGAGAGAUAAUCGCACCAAGACUUAAAAAAUACGGACUUGGUUGGUUGCCUCUGCGCAGACACGAUGACCGUGAUACGCGGCGGAGAACAACAUUUGUCGUCGUCGAACGAUUUUCGAAAGAACCCGGAGAGGAGCUUCGAGCCCGAAUUCGACCUAGACGUCGUCACCAACGUUACCAGCCUCGCUGGCCAAACCGCCUAUCUCACCUGUCGGAUAAAAAACCUGGGCAACAGAACGGUUUCCUGGGUGCGGCACAGGGACAUCCACAUCCUGACCACCGGGACUUACACCUACACGAGUGACCAGCGAUUCCAGGCGCUGCACAGGCCGCUGGCGACCGGAUCCGGAGGAAAGUCCUGGUCAGAAUGGACCCUUUGCAUAAAAUGGGUCCAGGAAAGGGACUCGGGUAUCUACGAGUGCCAGUUAUCAACUGCACCGGUCACUUCUCACGCCUUUCGGCUGAGCGUUGUAGUUCCGAUGGCGAGGAUACUGAGUGGUCCGGACCUCUACGUCGAUGCCGGUAGCACGUUGAAUCUCACCUGCGUCAUCGAAUUGAGUCCCGAACCGCUGGAAUACAUUUUCUGGUAUUACAAUCAAAAGGUGUUGAACUACGACAGUCCAAACAGCCGGAAAUUCGUUUACACGGAGAGGGAAAACGAAGUGACGACGUCGAGACUUUUGAUAAAAUCAACUGACCAGGAAGAUUCCGGUGAAUACAGCUGCAGGCCCAGCAACUCGAAGAAAGCGAGUGUCCGCGUUCACGUUUUGAACGGCGAACGCCUGGAAGCGAUGCAGACCGGCGGUGCUGCCGUCCCCGUUUUAAGUCUCCUGCUAAUUGUACUGUCAUCUUCCAGCAACGGGUUCAGCUAAAAACCGCCGAUUUUUUCCCAGGAUAACACGUAGACGAGAAUGCAGCUCGUCCGGAGUGUCCCUUUCAAAAGUUUGAUAUUUUUGGAGAAACGAAUAAUUUUCGCCGAUUACUUUUUCUUACGUUUCUUUCGCAAUCCGCGUCUGUCUCGCUCUUUAAUUCUCGCCAAGCAGAAACUGAAGU